CUUGUUUUUUUAAGUGGCUUUUCCCUUCCGUUGUUAUUGCUCAAUCUAUCAAAUCCCUUCCGAAGAGAACCAAAAUCAAGAAAUAUGUUAUAGCAACACUGAGGUAGACCGCUGAGACUAACAUGUAAUUAAACAAAUACAACCGCACAAUACACGAACCAGUAUUUUUUAUUCAACUUUUUUCCAUUUAAAUUAUUUUAAUUUAACGACAGUUAUAUUGCAAAAAUGACUGAAGAAAUAUCUGAUGUCCCGAAAGAACUGCUAGAAAGUAUUAGGGAUGUUAUUGGCAGGAAGAUUCAAAUUGCAGUGAAAAAGAAAGUCAAGCUAGAAAUCAAAGGCGACAAGGUGGAAAAUAAAGUUGUGGUACUUGCAUCACACCGAGCUUAUCUGCUGACAGCCCGAAUCCCCACCAAGCUGGAACAAACUUUCAAUUAUUUCGAAAUACAAGGAAUCAAUUGCAGUAAACCUGGACAUUUGGCAGUGGAAUAUGAGAGGGGGCUGGCCUCAAUGAAAUUGGCUUCGUCUGAAGAUGUGAAUGAAGUGGUAGCACACAUCGGGAACUGUCUUCAAAGGAUUUGUCCUGGUUUGUCUCCAUUAAAAAUACUGAAAAAAGUUGUAAUGGAACCUCCAGAGCGUCUUGUGAACCUUCAGGCACUGUGGAAUACUCAGAAUGUGGUUGAACCAGGGCCUUGUGGUGGGUUCUCUCACAUGUACAAAUGUGUCUGUGACUGGUUGGGAUUUCCGUAUAGGGAAGAGGUGCAGUGGGAUGUGGACACAAUUUAUCUAACACAAGACACCAGAGAAUUGAACUUUCAGGAUUUUAGUCAUCUAGAUCACAGAGAUUUAAUACCUAUUAUUGCUGUUCUGGAAUACAACCAGUGGUUUACAAAGCUCUCCAGCAAGGACCUCAAACUGUCUGCAGAUGUCUGUGAACAGAUCCUGCGUGUCGUGGGCCGGUCGAGUUGGUUGGAGGAGUUGGUGCUGGAAAAUGCAGGACUCAAAACAGAUUUUGCACAGAAACUGGCCAAUGCCCUCGCCCUCAAUCCUUGUUCAGGACUUCACACAAUAAACCUUGCCAAUAAUGCACUUGAGGAUCGAGGUUUGUUCUCUCUGAGUAUCCAGUUUGCCAAACUCCCAAAGGGACUAAAACACUUAAAUAUCUCAAAAACCUCAUUAUCACCUAAAGGUGUGAACAGCCUUGCCCAGUCACUGAGUACCAACCAGUUGGUUCCCAGCACCCUCCGUUAUCUUGACCUCUCGGGGAACCUCCUUCGAGGAGAUGACCUCUCAAAUCUGUACAGUUUCCUGGCUCAACCCAACAGCCUUACUGUCCUGGAUGUAUCCAACUCAGACUGUGCACUUGAUAUGGUGUGUGGAGCACUUACAAGAGGCUGUCUACAACACCUGGCAGUUUUAAACUUCUCCAAGACUGUUUUCUCUCACAGGAAAGGCAAAGAUGUCCCACCAUCCUUCAAACAGUUCUUUAGCAGUUCUCUGGCUUUAUCAAGCAUUAGUAUGUCAGGCACCAAACUCCCUCCUGAAGCACUGAAAUCACUUUUACUAGGCCUCGCUUGCAACCCUCACCUGAAGGAUGUAUCUCUAGAUCUUAGUUGCUGUGAGUUAAGAUCUGGAGGUUCUCAGAUUUUAGAUGGCUGCAUUGCAGAAAUUCCUAACAUUUCAAGCCUGGAUAUUUCAGAUAACGGUUUGGAUUCUGAUCUUACAACUCUAGUGGUAUGGCUAAGCAAGAACAGAUCAAUUCGACAUUUAGCACUGGGAAAAAACUUCAACAACAUCAAAUCCAAAAAUCUGGCCCGUGUUCUGGACAGUUUGGUGCACAUGAUUCAGGAUGAGGAGUCGUCUCUAACAUCCCUAUCCCUCGCAGACUCCAAACUGAAGAGUGACUUAACAAUAGUUUUGAAUGCCCUUGGCAGCAAUACCUCGCUCACGAAAGUGGAUAUCAGUGGUAAUGGAAUGGGAGACAUGGGGGCUAAGAUGCUGGCCAAGGCACUGCAGAUCAACACAAAGCUCAGGACUGUCAUCUGGGACAAGAACAAUAUCAGUCCACAAGGCUUGCAGGACAUUGCUGUUGCUUUAGAAAAGAAUUUUACUUUAAGGUUUAUGCCUAUUCCCAUCAAUGACGCUUCCCAGGCACUGAAGGCCAAUCCGGAAAAAACUGAAGAUGCGCUACAGAAGAUUGAGAACUAUCUUCUCCGCAAUCAUGAGACUAGGAAGUACUUGCAGGAGCAAGCUUAUAGGUUACAGCAGGGCAUCGUCACCACGACCACACAGCAAAGUCUCCUCCUACUCUCGAGUCACGCAUAUAUACACACGAUGAUCAACAGGAUGUGUGUCAAAGUCCAAGAUCACCUUAACUCUUUGAGAAACUCGGAAACUGAUUCUGUGAUGGAGGAUGUUAAAAUGGCGGAAAACUACAUGAGGGAUGCUAAAAACUCAAAAACGCUGUUGCCAAACCUGUAUCACCUGGGCGGGGCUUCCUGGACAGGUGUCAAUGGCUCUUCCUCCAAUCCCAUUCAUGAGAAACUGGAGUCCAUGGCUGGGGAGGUCACGCUGGUUGUAGAUGAACAAUUAAAGACUCAACUGGAAUCAAUGGUGGAUGCAGCUGAAGGGCUCUGCCCUCACGUGAUGAUGAAAACCAACAUCCGGCAGGAUCUGAUUGAGGCUAGCAGUGGGAAAAUGUCCAUUCCGCACACAUUCGUCAAGAAUGUUUUACUGGAGCAAUCCGGAAUAGACAUACUCAACAAAAUCAGUGAAGUGAAGCUGAAUGUAGCCUCAUUCCUUUCAGACCGAAUUGUAGACGAGAUCUUAGAAUCACUUUCCAGCUCUCAACACAAACUGGCAGAGCACUUGACAAGACGAGGUACUCCACUUCUUCACCAGGAAUCACUUGAAAUAGAGGUGAUGGAGGAGAAACUGGUGAAGCGCUCCACCCUGACAGCUGAGGACCUCGCUGAGAUUGAGAGGCUAGAGGAACUGGACACCUGCGUGACCCUUUGCUGCACCAGUAUGACGCCCAAGUCAAAGCGAAAAAGCAUUCAUAGCAGAAUGUUACGGCCUGUUUCAAGGGCUUUUGAAAUGGAAUUUGACCUGGAUAAAGCCCUGGAAGCAGUCCCCAUCCACAUUGAGGAUCUUCCCCUUGCUCACAGCAUGCUGGAGAAGAGGUGUUCCAGUGCCAUACCAGAGCUGCCUUCAGAGGAGGUGAAGAAACUGGAGCAUUUCACCAAACUGAGGCCCAAAAGGAACAAGAAACAGCAGCCUAGCAAAAUCACUCAGGUCAGUGCUGCUUUAUCUCAGGAGGGAGAGCAGAACGACCUCAUGGGAAGAGUCGAUGAGGGAGUGGAUGCAUUCUUCUCCAAUAAAGUUACUAAAAUGGAUACCAAAAAGAGGCCUGUAAAGUCUGACUCUCAAGAGGGAGGGGAAACAGAAGAAAAGAAGAAGAGGGACUCCAGGAAGAGUGGCUUUCUCAACCUGAUCAAGUCCCGGUCCUCCAAGUCAGAGCGUCCCCAGACAGUAGCUGUGAGCGAGGAGCCCACCUCCCCCAAGAGUUCAGUGAAGGGUCCUGCAGUGGAGCCCACCUCCCCCAAGAGUUCAGUGAAGGGCCCUGCAGUGGAGCCCAUCUCCCCCAAGAGUUCAGUGAAGGGCCCUGCAGUGGAGCCCAGCAAAGUGAAGGAGGUGAAGCCGGUGUUCACAGACCAGAACAGCAGCUCGGACCGCUCAGAGGAGCUCAAGACCCCUGACUCCAUGGACGAACACUCGGAAGACUCGCUGAAGGGGGACAGCAAGCCAGAGGGCAAGUGCAGCCCACAAGGAGGGAGGCGCUAUGGGGUCCAGGUUAUGGGCAGCGGGCUGCUGGCUGAGAUGAAAGCCAAGCAAGAGAAGAGAGCAGCUGUGAGUCAUAAGUCGCAUGACAGCACUUCAAGUACAGAUCAGCACGACGGAAGUGGUUCAGCGACUAAGGGCCACAAUACCCCAUCUGAGAGCCGGUUGCCUGGAGUGAAAGGCGAUUCCCCAGAGAACAACCUGAAGAGUGAAGCCAAGCCUGAGGCUGGAGUGAGGUUGCGCAGUUCUUCCACAACCCCCACCAGCCCAAAACCACCCCCACAGGCCACCAAGCCCAGUUUAAUAGGGCGGCCUACUGUUCCGCAGAAACCCUGGAGUAGCAGGAGCACAGAGGAAGGCCCAGAGUCUCCAGCAGGAAACCUCUCUCUGCUGCCACACUCUUUGAAGCGAGGCCCUUCAGAGAAGGAGAGAGACGGGCAGAGCAGCCCUCUGUUGAGUGGAUCUGGCAGCUGCUCUCCUGCACAAGAAGUUUGUCCACCAUCCAUGUCGGAAGUAACUCAGAGACAGAGCUCCGGGCAACACUCCGAGGACAAUGGGUCAAAGCCAAAAGAACGGUCCCCUAACAAAGACAAGCAGGGGAACAAGUCGUGUGACUCUGGAGAGGAUGGAGAUAAGGACUUUAUUUUUGUAUAAGAAGAAUAAACUUUGCAGCAAUCUACCCAUAUGGGUCUUUUUUCUGAUUUUCAAGAAAUUAUUAUUCACCAGAUUUGCAUCACAAAUUAUGUUGGUUUAAUGCUGAUCUUCGCAAUCCAAUUAGUAGUUGAAUUUUCUUAAUUUAUUUUUCAACUUGCAUGACUUAAACAGUCCAUUAUGUGCCUUUUUAUUUUUCUUGUUUUGGUGGUUUGGUUUUCUUUGUUCCAUCUGUUGUCCUUGAAAUGUCUCACAUUUCAGUAAAGCAGCUGUAACAGGAGUGGGCAACUGCAGUCCUGUACGCUCAUUCCACUCCAGGAUAAUAUGUAUAAUGGCGUAAUUAACUACUUUGGUCGUUUCAUUUCUUUUGUUAACCAUUUACAAUAUGGUUGGUACACCAACCUGGACUGGAGUGGCCACUUUUGCCCACCCCCAAGCGAUAAGGACUACUCUUCACUGUUCUGCAUGGCUUAUUGUACCAUAAUUCAAGGUAACAGAUUAAGGACAAGCAUUUAGUAAACUUUAACCUCUUUUUAAUAAACAAAAUACACAAUUUCUAGUAUUUAAUUUAACAAAUAAUCGUUAUCAAAAAACAAAUACACUUUUUUCAUUUAAAGAAUGUUCUAGAAUUCCAGAGUUGACUUACCUGUAUACUUUGUGUCGUUGUUGUGUUGGAGGAUAACCUCUGCCAAUCAGCCCACGAGCAAGCAGAUGGUAUCAUUUAGUAGGAUGUUUUGAUACAUGGCUGCAUUCAUUCGAUCUUCAAUCACAUGAAUGUCUCCAGUCCCUGAAUGCUUCAGAUUCCUGUUCAUAUUUCUUGGCAAAUUUGCUUUAUGAAUUUUCUUUAUUCCAUACAGUAUUAUGCCUGAUGCAUGUAAUCUUUCUUUUAAGUCCUUGACUGUUAGUCUUGGAUUUUUUGUUAGUUGCUCGGAUGAUACUCCUACCUGCUGUACUUGUAAUUUUCUUUGGAUGUUCACUUCUUUCACGCGUUUCAGUUGAAUUUGUUCUCUGGUACUUAAUUAAUUAAUCAAUUAAUUAUUGCUGAUUUUGGCAUUCCAUAUUUCUUUGAUAAUGUUCUGUAGUCAUUUCCUUUGUUGUAGUUUGCUACGAGUGCUUUUCUUAACCGUGAAUCCAACUCCUUUGUCUGUGCUGUGUUGCCAAAAAAUUCACCUUCAUCAGAUAUUGAAAACAAUGACCUGUUUUUCUGGCUAUUGACUUUAUAAUGCAGCUUAGUUACUGUGUAAUGGUUUUCAAUCAGUUAAUAUAUUUUUUUAAUUCUAUUACAUUUUUACAGACUUUUAAUGUAAAGGUGCCAAUAAUUUUGUGAUGAAACUACCAGAAAUUGUGUGUUUAGUUAUUUGUCAUAUUAAUUAGUGGCUAAUAUUCACUAAAUGAUUGUAUCUAACAUGUUUUCUUGAAUUAUCUUAUAUUCAGUGUAGGGUGCCAAUACUUUUUGUCUGUGACUAUA